AAGCAGUCUAAGAAGUCAUCAUGACGGACUCAUUCACACUGUGGGGAAACUGAGGCUCAGCGAAGUCUAAGUAACUGUUUAAGCACCCCCAGCCAACAGUAUCCCAACCCCAUGGAUAAGAAUGUCAUCUCUGUAGAAACUGUGGAAGAAAAGAAGGAUGAAUCAACAGGACUCAUCUAUAGAAAGAGGAUUGCUAUCUGUCAGAAUGUGGUUCCUGAAAUUUUAAGAAAGGUGAGUAUUUUAAAGGUACCUGAUAUCCAGCUAGAAGAGGAAUCCUGGCUCAGUCUUCAGAAAAGGAACAUGGCUAUACGGAGUCACUGCCUCACGUGGACACAGUAUGCCUCCUUGAGGGAAGAGUCUGUCUUCCUGGAAAGUGUGGAAAAUCCAAAUUGGACAGAGUUCAUUCAAAGAGGCAGAAUUUCAAUCACAGGGGCUGGAUUUCUCAAUUGUAUUUUGGAAACUUUUGCUAGUGCAUUCUUAAGACAGGGAGCCCAGAAGGGAAUUAGAAUAAUGGAGAUGCUGCUCAAGGAACAGUGUGGUUCCCCCUUAGUGGAAUAAAGAAUCAUAGGAAGCUGCCACUGUGUCUACUCUGUUGUUUGAGAAUCACUUCUUGACCAUGGCAUCAUAGGCACAAUUACUGGAUACAAGUUUCAGGACACAGAAUCAGCGGCUUAGAGUAAAGGAGACCUUCCUGCCAGAGCACAGCACUGACACCCGUCUUUGGAGCCUGCUUGAAAUCAUGGGACUCAAGGAGAUGAGACCUUUUCAGCUGGAAUUUUAUGACAUGGUCUCUUUACAGUCUUAUGAAUAAAGAGAAAGAACAUAGCAGAUGA